AUGACUCUUCUAUUGACACUUCUAGCCCUGGCUGCUGGUCUCCAUCCGUGUGUUGGAAAUGAGAAACAUGCUGCAGCUUUUGCUGCAUUGUCGACCGAUUUUCUGGACAUACAGAACGAAAUUCUUGACAAGCACAAUGACCUAAGGAAACAGGUGGAGCCAAGUGCUUCCAAUAUGCUGAAGAUGAAAUGGAACGGGACAGCUGCAAAUAAUGCCAAACGCUGGGCUAAUCAGUGCAUAUAUAAUCACAGCGUCAAAAGUCAAAGAACAAUUGAAAAUGGCAUAGUGUGUGGCGAAAAUCUCUUUUAUUCAAGUUUCCCUAAAUCAUGGUCAGAUGCAAUCCAGCAAUGGUUCAAUGAGAGGAUACACUUCACAUAUAUGAAGGGUCCAAAGACUGAGAAAGCAGUAAUUGGACAUUACACUCAGCUGGUUUGGUAUAAAUCCUAUUUGGUCGCAUGUGCAGUUUCUAUGUGUCAGCAGAAAGAAUUACAGUAUUUCUAUGUUUGUCAUUACUGUCCUGGGGGUAACAUAGAAGGAAUUAAUUACUAUACACCUUACAAGGAAGGAGAACAAUGUGGUGAUUGUCCUGGGAAUUGUGAUGAUGGACUAUGCACCAAUCCUUGCUUAGAUGAAGAUAUAUACGCCAACUGUGUCAAUUUAAAGAAGAAACAUUCAUGUAAUCAUCCAACAGUUAAAGCAGGUUGUCAAGGAAGCUGCCAGUGCACUUCUGAAAUACAAUAA